AUGGCGGCAUUUAUCAAACUCGAGGAUUCCCCAAUGUUUCAGAAGCAGAUAUAUUCUCUAGAACAGACAGCCGAUGAGUUGAAAGAUCGCUGCCAAAAAUUAUACAAAGGGUGUAAGAAGUUUAUGGCGGCUCUCGGAGAAGCAUGUAAUGGAGACACCACUUUUGCAGAUUCUUUGGAAGCAUUUGGUGGUGGACUGGAUGAUCCUGUUAGCGUAUCCAUAGGAGGUCCAGUAAUGUCCAAAUUCGUUACUGCAUUUCAAGAGCUUGCCACUUAUAAAGAGCUUCUUCGCUCCCAAGUAGAGCAUGUGUUGGUUGAUCGGUUGAUGAACUUUAUGACAGAUGAUAUGCAAGAUGCAAAGGAGUCCCGACGUCGUUUUGACAAAGCUAUACAUGGUUAUGAUCAGGCACGGGAAAAGUUUGUGUCCUUAAAGAAGAGUACACGGGGAGACAUUGUAGCAGAACUAGAGGAGGAUCUACAAAAUUCAAAAUCAACAUUCGAGAAGAGCCGCUUUAACCUAGUAAACUCACUAAUGAAUAUUGAAUCAAAAAAGAAGUACGAGUUUUUGGAAUCUAUUAGUGCAAUCAUGGAUGCUCAUCUGAGAUACUUUAAGCUGGGAUACGAGUUAUUCAGCCAAAUGGAACCAUAUAUUCACCAGGUGUUGACGUAUGCACAACAAUCUAAAGAACAGUCCACCGUUGAGCAAGAGAAACUUCACAAAAGGAUUCAGGAAUUUAGAACACAAGCCGAGCUGGACAGUGUACGAGCUUCCAGUAAUAUUGAGCCAUCUGCAGCGGUUGAUGGCAAUCGUGCCUUUGGUUUGGCUUCUUACAAAAAUAUAGACGCAAUUAUGCAGUCCAGUGCAAAUGGGAAGGUCCAGACGAUCAAGCAAGGAUAUCUAUUGAAACGAUCUUCAAGUUUAAGGGGAGAUUGGAAGAGGAGGUUUUUCGUACUGAACAAUCAAGGGUCUUUAUUUUAUUACAGAAUUAAGGGUACCAAACCCAUGGGCUCUCAAUCACAUCACUUCACACGUUCACCUGAACAUCACAGUGGUGUGUUUGGUAGAUUUCGUUCAAGACAUAGGGGACCUUCACUUAAUGAGAACAUUCUGGGCUGCCGUACUGUUGAUCUGUGCACCUCAACAAUUAAGAUGGAUGCAGAGGAUACAGAUCUUCGACUUUGCUUCAGAAUAAUAUCCCCACUGAAAACUUACACAUUGCAGGCUGAAAAUGAUGCAGAUAGGAUGGAUUGGAUAAACAAAAUAACAGGAGCUAUUCAAUCUCUUUUGAAUUCUCAGCUUCUUGAACAGCCACAUCCUAGAAACAUGAAUCUCAAGAGUAGUAAAUCUGGUCUUGGCACAUAUGGUGUUCAUCCACUAAAUAGCAAUGAAAGUAGAGAAGAUACCAUAAAAUUCAACAGAAUAGAUUCUGUUUCUAGUAUUCUCAGGGAAAUCCCUGGAAAUGAUCUUUGUGCAGAGUGCAGUGCUCCUGAGCCUGAUUGGGCAUCUCUUAAUCUUGGCAUACUGGUGUGCAUCGAAUGUUCUGGUGUUCACCGGAAUCUUGGUGUACAUAUUUCAAAGGUGAGAUCUCUAACAUUAGAUGUCAAGGUUUGGGAACCUACAAUUGUGGACUUAUUUCGCAACUUGGGUAAUGCUUAUUGUAACUCUGUAUGGGAACGAACGCUUCUACUUGAAAAUGAAAGAGCAAAUGGCUCAAAGGCCACUAGGGCUUCAAUUUUAAAACCAGGCCCUGAAGAUGCAAUUCAGCAUAAGGAAAUAUACAUUCAAGCAAAGUAUGUAGAGAAAGUGAUGGUUGUUAGAGAAGCUGUAUCGGGCAUGCCUCUUCUUGCAGCAAGCAUAUGGCAAGCAGUGAAGACUUGUAAUUUACAAGAAGUCUAUCGUCUUAUUGUGAUGUCAGAUGUGAACAUCAUUGACACCACCUUUGAUAAUGUGGUGGGUGUUGAUUUAUAUCACCAUGCUGAUGCACAAGACUUGGAGUCAGAUUUUCACACAAUGGAGAUGAAACAGCACGAUCCAGCAGCAUGUGAGAGAAUCAAGGAUGCCAAUGAGCCAGGGAACUGUCUUCAAGGUUGUUCAUUACUGCAUCUGGCUUGUGACUCUGGCAAUCCAAUGAUGAUUGAAUUGUUGCUGCAAUUUGGUGCCAACAUAAAUUUGCGUGAUUUCCAUGGAAGGACUCCUUUGCACCGUUGUAUCUCCAGUGGGAACAACUCGUUGGCAAAGUUUCUACUUAGGAGAGGCGCACGCCCAUCAAUUCAAGAUGGAGGAGGGCAAAGUGCACUGGAGAGAGCGAUGGAGAUGGGGGCGAUUACAGAUGAGGAGUUGUUUAUAAAACUUUCUGAAUCUGAGUGA